UGGUUAAUUGCUCUGCACACACAAAGGGGAGCUAAUCAGCUUCUCUUCAAGCAUGUGUUCAUAUGUCAACACUUUUGCUUCUGUCAGAAGCUUAAAAAUGGAAACAGUUUUCUCUUUAAGAAAACAGGACCCAAAUAAGGAGAUGGAGUGGUGAAGAUUCCUCUAGUGAGUCUGUUCCAGCUCAUUCCUUAGAAAGGCUGUGGAUGGAGCACCGGAGAAGGGGCCAAUAGAUCUGGGUUUUGUCCAGGGGGCUCUGGGUUUAAAGCUCUCUAAAACCACUUGUAGCUCAUUUCCCCUGUGGCUUGCCUGGGUACAACUUCUUUCUCUGUCCAAGCUGUUAAAAAUCUACAAUUUUAAUCAUAAGAUUCUUUCAGUUGCGUGACAGAUCCAGCCUGUCCUCGAGCAAAAAUGGAAGCUAUCAAGAAAAAGAUGCAGAUGUUGAAGUUGGACAAGGAGAAUGCCAUUGACAGAGCAGAGCAGGCUGAGACGGAUAAGAAGGCAGCUGAGGACAAAUGCAAGCAGGCUGAGGGUGAGGUGGCAGCUCUGAACAGACGCAUCCAGCUCGUGGAAGAGGAGUUGGACCGUGCCCAGGAACGACUGGCCACAGCCCUGCAGAAACUGGAGGAGGCUGAGAAAGCAGCAGAUGAGAGCGAGAGAGGAAUGAAGGUUAUUGAGAACAGAGCGAUGAAAGAUGAAGAGAAAAUGGAAAUUCAGGAAAUGCAGCUGAAGGAGGCCAAGCACAUUGCUGAAGAAGCCGACCGCAAGUAUGAGGAGGUUGCCCGUAAACUGGUUAUUCUGGAGGGUGAACUGGAAAGAGCUGAGGAGCGUGCAGAGGUGUCUGAAGUUAAGUGUAGUGACCUUGAAGAGGAGCUAAAGAACGUCACAAACAACCUGAAAUCUUUGGAAGCUCAAUCUGAAAAGUACUCUGAAAAAGAAGAUAAAUAUGAAGAAGAAAUCAAGAUUCUCUCUGACAAGCUGAAAGAAGCUGAAACUCGUGCAGAAUUUGCAGAGAGAACUGUUGCCAAACUGGAAAAGUCUAUUGAUGACCUGGAAGAAAAACUCGCUCAAGCCAAAGAGGAGAACCUGGGCUUGCACCAGACACUGGACCAAACACUAAAUGAACUGAACUGUAUAUGAGGGGUGCAGAGCUGCCAGCAGCCACGGGAGCCAGCCCUGGCCCUGCCCCGCUCCUCUCCUUUCUCUCUCUGUAUCCUGGAAAAGCCAAUUAAGUUAUGACCGGCACAGCCACCCCGGGGCGCCCCGCCGGGCCGGGCCGGGCCAGGCCGGGUGUGGCCGUGCCCUGGCUGUUCUCACGGUUCCCUGCUCCUCCCCUGUACCCUCGGUAGAAGCUGCACCCGAGCGGCGGCGCCGCCUCCGCUGCCGUUUCUUAUUAAAGGAUUUCUCACAGUA